AGAGCCCAAGAAAACACGUUUGCUAAAGAGACAUGUCCGGGCGCGGAGACUGCAGCUCAGGUGGUGGUGGGGUUGGAGUGACACUCGAACAACAACUGGAGAAUCUCUCGCUGAGUUCAUCAACGUGGACCUCGCCCUUGGGUAGUGGACCAUCCCAUGGAGUUCCCGUGGUGUCGGCCACUAACAACCAUGACUCGUUGGGCGAUGCAGGAUUGGGCGUCAAGAUGGCGGAAUACGUCCUGGGCACACCCCCUAAAGACUCUCCUCUGAGUCUUCGAAGCAGCGAGAAUCUGGACGGGUCGGAAUUCUCGAUCGCGACCGCUUUCCAACAAGCGGCGAAUUGCGCAGCCAACGGACCCCAGAACUACAUGUAUGGGAACGUUGCUGGAGAGCAGGCCGUCAUGUCGAACCGAAAUUCGUCGACUCCAGGCGGAGCCAUGAGCGCACAGCAACAGCAGCAGCAACAACAACAGCAACAGCAGCAAGGCGGUCAUGUGCAGAACGCGAUUCUGACCAAUUUCCUCACCAACUACUUCACCACAAUGACGCCUCCGCCGAAUCCUCAUGGACACCCUCACCAUACAAACGGUAUGCACACACCUCCGUACAAUAUGUACCCGCCUCCCCACAAUUAUAUGCCACCCGAUUCGAUGCGAUUCGGAUGGGCAGCGGCCCCGCCCUCGAUGGGUCAGAAUAACUACUAUGAGAUCAGGUCAGUUUGUCCUGGAAUGAAUCCCGGUAUGGCUGCCGGAGUUGGCGGUUGGUCCUCUCCUGGAAGGAUGACUUCUCCGAAGGUUUCCGUGACCAAGAAGAAAAACGAAACGAAACUCAUCAAAGAGUUCAAAAGCAAUCGCUACCCUGACCUCGAACUCCGAGAUCUUUGCGGACACGUCAUCGAAUUCGCACAAGAUCAACAAGGAUCUCGCUUCAUUCAACACAAACUUGAAUCGGCUACCCCUUCGGAGAAGCAGAUGAUCUUCAAUGAAAUCUUCACGUGGGUCUACUCACUGAUGACACACGAAUUCGGCAACUAUGUCGUGCAGAAGCUGUUCGACUUCGGUUCGGAAGAGCAGAAGUUGGCUCUCGCGGGUAAAAUGACAGGACACAUCGUGAACCUCACCAUGCAUAUCUACGGUUGCCGAGUAAUGCAGAAGGCCCUCGUGUCACUCCCGACAGAAGUGCGCAAGAAGCUGAUUGACGAAUUGCGCAACCAUGUUGUGCAAUGCGCCAAUGACGAAAAUGGCAACCAUGUCAUGCAGAAAUGUUUCGAGACCAUCGAGCCAGGAUAUCUACAGUUCAUCGUAGACGAAUGCAUCGGCAAAGUGCGUCAGCUGUGCUCGCACAGUUACGCCUGUCGCGUGAUCCAACGUCUUUUGGAGUACUGCAAAUUCGAGCAGUCGAUUCCGAUCCUUCAAGAAAUUCACGCGAACACGCUCGAGCUGGCUCAAGACCAAUACGGCAACUAUGUCAUUCAGUACAUCUUGCAGCACGGUCUGCCCAAGGACAAGUCGGCCAUCAUCCAGGCAAUUCGCGGCAAUGUGGUCGCUCUGUCAUGUCACAAGUAUGCCUCGAACGUGAUGGAAAAGUGCGUAACCCACGGAUCUUCCCUUGAGAGGACUGUUUUGAUGGAAGAAGUCUGCGCCACGAAAGACGGCAUCUUCAAAAUGAUGAAGGAUCCCUUCGCGAACUAUGUGGUCCAACGCAUGGUCGAGGUGGCCGACGCACACUAUUCGAAGCUUCUGGUCCAGAAGAUUGCUCUCAACAAAGAACAACUGCAGAAGUCAACAUCUGGAAAGCACGCCCUCGCCAAGCUGGAGAAGUACCUCUACAAGUAUCUAUCCGGCAACCAGGCGGGCUCUCCUCCGCAUCCUCACCACCCUCAGCAACCUCAACCGGCCCAAUAA